AUGAUAAUUUACAUCAACACCUAUUUUUAAAAAAUUCUGAUUUUCUUCCUCAUAAAAAAUGCCAGAUGUUGUUGGUUUAAGAAUAUAAAACCUCAAAAUAAAGUAAUAGAAAUUCAAUAGUAUUUAAUAAGAAAGAAAACGAAAUAAAAAAAGAGUAGGCUGAAGAUUUUAUGGGAUCUUAGAUUAAUCUAAAGAUAAGGAUAAUGUAGUCUUACAAAUCUUAAUUUUAUAAAAAGAGAGAAAAUUAAGACUGUUGAAAUUUCUCUCAUAAAAUCUAAAUUUAAGUCAAAUUGUAACAUCAAGUAAUAAUUAUUAUUAUAUUGUUGUUAGGAAAAAUCUUUUGAUUAUCAUUUAUAUCUUGCAAAUAUUCAAUAUUUACUCAAUAACGAAUUAAUUGAAUUAAUUAAUUGAAAUGGGAUGUAAGGUAUAAAAGCCUUAAAGCUCAUAACAAUUUUAAGACCAAUAUGAACUCAUCUCUGAAUUCGAUCAUUACAGAAGUUUACAAACUCUUUCAAUUAAUAAAACUUAAAGAAUAUUAGUAUCAGGUUCUGAUAAUGAAAUCAAAUUUUUUCAAAUUCAAAAAGGAUGUAUGAAGUUAAUUACAACAAUUAAUACAGGCCCAAUAUUUACUCUAAACUUUUUUAACACAAAGGACCACCUUAUUUCUGGAUUAGCAAAUUCAUAGUUACUUAUAUGGGGUUCAAUUGUACUUUCCAAAAUAAAAUUCCUUUUUAAAUUGAAGAGUCAUGCUUUUGAUAUUCGAUGCACUGUUUUGCAUCCUAAUAAUGAGGAUCUAAUUGUUAGUGGAUCAAAUGAAGGAACAAUAAAAUUUUGGGGUUCAAUGCCACAAAAAUACUAACAAUGGAGUUGUUUACAGACCAUAUAUGAACAUAGUUAAACAGUUAACUCAUUAGCUAUUAAUUCUAAUGGAAAUAAAUUACUCUCUUGUAGUGAUGAUAAGACAAUCCUGAUUAUUGAAAGCGAUACGAAUCAACAAUGGCAUUUAAAGCAAAGAAUUCGAUUGCUUUAAAAAGGAUAUCGCUUGUCAUUUAUCACAGAUGAAGUGUUUUCAUUCUAACCUAAUUCUUAUCAUAAAGGUACACACCUAUACAUAUUCAAAUUCAAUUCUUCUUAUUAAUAAUUUGAGAAACGAGAUGAAAUUUCAGUAAGAGGAAGUAAUCAAUAUUGUUUUUCUGGAUUCCCAUCAGCUUAUAUAUAAUCUAAAAAGUUACUAAUUAUCAAGAAUGGUUACUAUGUUAACUUAUUAAAAGUUAAGCAUUCAAAAUAGGAGGACAUCAAAUUUACUUUGGAGCAAUCCAUAGAGUUUGGAACAAGAUAUAUCUUUGGAACUUAAACUGAGGAUGGAGAUUUAUUGAUAACUUGGGAUGAAGAAUCAAAGCAAAUAUAGAUUAGAAAACUUAUUUCAAAUUGUUGA